UCCAUUCUUCUUCUUCUUCUCCCUUUUCUGUGAUUUCUUUUUCUCCUUCUGUCGAUCUCGUGCUCGUCGUUGUCGGAUCUCUGUGAAUUUUGCUGUGAGUUCCUGUCGACAAUCGGAUACCGAUUGUUAAUGCCUGAGAAUGGGCAUGGGUUUGUUAGAAUCGAUUGUUGAUCUGUGAGAAAUUAACAAUGGGUUUGUGAGAAAUUGAGAAUCUGUGAGUGCUGUAUUUGGUUACCAGAUGGUGAUAAUCAACAUUUUUGUUCUGUCUAAAUCGAUCGUUAACACAUGAUUAUCACCACAAUAUAAAUAAUCUGAUUUAUAUUUUAAUUUUUGGAACGAUAAUUAAUUCUUACGUUCAUUGCAUUUUAGGGAGAUAAUUUUUCUAAAAGUUUAUUCUGCAAUAUGCCCAAUGCAUGGUUUCCACCUGACAGGCAUAGUAAUGGUACUAUUUUUUCGAAAUAUGUUUUCGUAACUAAAUUACCAAUCACCUGCAUUGCUAAAAAAAUAAAUAUUUUUUUUCAUUGGGCCUGUUACUGAGCCCAUUUUAAAUGGGCUCACGUUGGGCCUAUUUAGUUUCAAUCCCCGGUUUAGUUCACGGUUCGGUUUCCUUAACCGGAAAUAUAUUUGAGUUACUCUAAAACCCUAUUUUUCGGUUCGAAAAAAAAAAAACUAAAACCCUAUUUUUUUCCUUCUCCUCCGGCCUUGCCUCCGAGCUCUAUCCGUCGGAAUCUAAACGACUCGCCGGAACCUUAUCCUCCACCGCUUCCACCGGAAUCUUAUCUUCCGAAGAAGACCCUGGUUGACCAUCGUUUGCGUUCAUUGAUACGUUUGGUUUGUCUUUGGGCGAAGUUUCUCUGAUGGCGAAAUCUCUGGAAAGCGGUUUCUUAUUCUGCAACUUGUGCGGGACGAUGCUGAUUUUGAAAUCGCCCAAAUACGCGGAGUGUCCUCUUUGCUUGUGCAAGCGAGAUGCAAGAGAGAUCAUCGGCAAAGAAAUAUCUUACACAGUUAGUGCUGAGGAUAUCAGGAGAGAACUGGGCAUAUCACUGUUUGAUGAAGGACACGCACAAGCCGAGAGUGAACUGCCAAAGAUCAAGAAGAUGUGCGAAAAAUGUGGGCACCCGGAACUCGUGUACACAACCAGACAGACAAGAUCGGCGGACGAAGGGCAGACCACGUACUAUACUUGCCCAAACUGUGGCCACAGAUUCACUGAGGGUUGAGAAAGAUACUCUCUUGCUUCUAACAAUGGUGUUACACUUGCACUUUGACCAGAAUAUCAAGUUUAAGUCACAUGGAGUAAUCAAAAUCUAUAUGAUGUGAUUUAACUGCAUUUCCCAUGUAUUUUUAACUGAUUUUGUCAUGUUUUUAAUCAGGUUGUUGUUAUACCAUGAAACAUCAUUUAUAAUUAUGUCAUCAAUUUCUUAUUA